AUGAUGGGCUCGGAGAAUGCCGAUGGGUUCGAAGAGACCAAUCUCAAUGCUCCGAGGGAGGAGAUGGAGAAUCUCGUCCUAGGGGUAAAUGGCGACGCAGCCGGCGGUGACGGUCCUCUGACGAAAAGCGAUGUCAACGGCGAUUCAUCGAACUCUGGUUAUCGUAGCGCCAUGUCAACACUUUCCAACGUGCACGACCCGCUCUCGCCGCUCCCGACCGUUCUGACUCCGGCUGAUUCUGAUCCACUUUUUGCGCCAUCCUCUUACAGCGAUGUCCGCAGCCUCGGCUCCAAGCUCAACAGCAGCGAUAACUCCUACAUCGAGCCUCCGUCUUAUGCAGAUGUUAUCUUCAGCCCUUUUGAUGAAAACUCGGACAGCGAGAUCAACGGCGGCGAGGAUAGCAGCCGUCAGAGUCUAUCUUCAGAGUCGCUAUCGAGAUCUCCUUCUUCUUCAAGCUCGGACUACAUCAAGAUCACUGUGUCGAACCCUCAGAAAGAGCAGGAGGCUUCAAAUUCCAUUGUUCCUGGAGGAAACACUUACAUCACCUACCAAAUUACGACCAGAACGAAUCUCCCUGACUUCGGUCCGUCGGAGUUCAGCGUGCGAAGAAGGUUCAGAGAUGUUGUCACAUUGGCAGAUCGAUUGGCGGAGUCGUACAGAGGGUUCUGCAUACCACCGCGGCCAGACAAGAGCGUCGUGGAGAGCCAAGUAAUGCAGAAGCAAGAGUUCGUGGAGCAGAGAAGGGUUGCAUUGGAGAAAUACUUGCGCAGGCUCAGUGCACACCCUGUUAUCAGGAACAGCGACGAGCUGAAAGUGUUUCUUCAGGUGCAAGGGAAGUUGCCACUGCCGACGAGCACUGAUGUGGCCUCUAGGAUGUUGGAUGGCGCGGUGAAGCUUCCGAAACAGUUGUUUGGUGAAGGCGGAGCCUCCGCAGUGCCAGUGCACGAGGUGGUUCAGCCUGCCAGAGGAGGUAGGGAUCUGCUGCGAUUAUUCAAGGAGCUGAGGCAGUCAGUUUCUAAUGACUGGGGUGGAUCAAAACCUCCCGUUGUUGAAGAAGAUAAAGAAUUCUUGGAAAAGAAGGAGAAGAUGCAUGAUCUUGAGCAGCAAAUUGUUAAUUCCUCGCAGCAGGCAGAGUCUCUUGUGAAGGCACAGCAAGACAUGGGGGAAACCAUGGGUGAACUGGGAUUAGCAUUCAUUAAGCUGACGAAGUUCGAGAACGAAGAAGCUGUUUUUAACUCCCAAAGAACUCGUGCUACUGAUAUGAAGAAUUUAGCCACUGCGGCUGUAAAAGCAAGCAGAUUUUAUAGGGAGCUGAAUUCCCAGACUGUCAAACAUUUGGACACACUACAUGAGUACCUUGGCAUGAUGAUGGCUGUCCAAGGCGCAUUCGCAGAUAGAUCCAGUGCUUUACUGACAGUGCAGACGCUUCUAUCAGAGCUUUCUUCGCUGCAAGCAAGAGCCGAAAAGCUAGAGGCUGCAUCAUCAAAGGUAUUUGGUGGUGACAAAUCAAGGAUCCGGAAGAUAGAAGAGUUAAAAGAAACCAUCAAGGUCACUGAGGAUGCAAAAAAUGUUGCCAUCAGAGAGUAUGAACGGAUCAAGGAUAACAACCGAUCUGAGGUUGAGAGGUUGGAUGGAGAAAGGCGUGCAGACUUCAUAAACAUGAUGAAGGGUUUUGUUGUUAACCAGGUUGGAUACGCAGAGAAAAUCAGCAACGUUUGGGCAAAGGUUGCUGAAGAAACGAGCCAAUACGAUAGAGAGAAGCAGAGCAGCUAA